AUGUAUACUACGAUGAAAAGCUCUCGACAUAUCGUAGGCGCACUUCGGCGGGCGCGGACGCGGUUCCCGCAUGCGAUAUCUAUCAAAUGUGACCGGAAGACGCCAUGUAAUUCAUGCAUCGCUUCCAAGGUUGCUUGCCGGACCACCAAAAGAGCGCCAGAGAAGAAGCAACGCGUUUUACUUUCCAGCAAGUACGAUGAAGGCUUGGCAAACGUCAAUAAGAGGCUGGAAGACUUGCAAAACGCGCUCCAGAGUCUGCUAGAAGGCAACAAACACGGCCCGGGGAAGGACCUGGCGCCUACAGCACAGCACCAUGUCUCAGACUCACCGGCACCUGGCAGCAAGCCCGACGACAGCGAUGUCUUGUACGAAGGCGACUCAUCAUUCAAUGCACACUCCAAGCACAUUACUGAGACACUUGGAGCUGCAUUGGCGUCAACUUCGGUCUCUGAAGGCUCGGUCUCUCCAUCGAUCAACCAUGCCGCAAUCCGGCAAUUACUGAGCGAUGUGGCUGCUGUUCAGAGCCCACCGCAGAACGCGAUAACCACACCCAAGCGACUCGAAGACUACAGGUAUACUGAUUUAAACACACUGAAGAACCUGCCCCUACCAUCGAUGUCUCUUGUGCUGAAGCUGCUCCGUAUCGCUCAGACUACCUUGCAACGAUGGAGCAUCGAUUACCAGGUUAUGGAAUACAACGCUUUCAAGACGUUAUGUCAGAGGGUUUAUUUUCCCACUUCAGAAUACUCAAUCUUCGACUGGAUCUUGGUGAAUGGAGGCCUCUUCUUUCUCUUCCGCGAUGCAGAGGGCGAUCUCCACGAAAAGCUUCAGAUUGAGAGGUCGGACGUCGUGGCUAAUUUGAACAUGUGCAAAAACAACGUCGAUACUGCCAUUCAUGGUCUGCCACUUUGCGUUGAGCCGUCACUAGAGGCCUGCCAAGCCAUCAUCAUAGGCGCUUCCAUUGCUAUGGAAGCUGCUCAAGGGGCACAUGCCUGGCGAUUGACCUCCGUGGCCUCACGGAUGUGUCUCGAUCUAGGCUUGCAUCGCCUGAGGAGGGACGAGUCGCCUGAAAACCUGAGGGCUCGGCUCUGCUUUUGGACCGUCUAUGCGAUGGACAAAGGACUGGCGUUCAACUUCGGACAAACACCUACAGGUAAUGAGUCUGACUGGAGCAAGUCUGAUCUCGCCUUCGCGACCUUCGAUGAUAUCCACGACUAUGACCUCACCAUCGAUCGACUUACUCUUCCAGGCGAUCUUGAGGGACCGUGGGGUCCUCUAUGGCUUGCCACGCUGGACUUCGCGAUCCUGCAGGGCGAAAUCUACGAGCAGUUGAUAUCCAUCAGUGCUCAGAAGGAACCGGAACACGUCCGAAUUCAACGUGCCCGAGAGUUCGCUAAGAGAAUAGAUGGUCUUCGACAGCCUGUACUCGCGUUCGGAGCUGAGGCUGAGGCAAGUAUGCCAAACCAAGAUCUGACGGUCUACGCAGUGCUGUCAACGGAUAUCCUCAUCGGCUGCAUGAACGCCAUCAUCUAUCGCGUCAUACCGCCCCCCCAGCCAGCGCACCCUCUCCAAUACUGCGAGGAGGCGGUCCAAAGCUCUAGGUCGGCUUUAGAGAACUUGCAGCAGGCAUUCCAGAAAAUUCAAGCGGACAGCAAGACCAGCGGCGUCGAGAACUGGGAACUCUUCCUCAAUUGGACCAUUCUGUUCGUGCCUUUCGUACCUUUCGUGGUACUGUUCGGCAACAUCAUCGCCCAGCGAAGUCUACACGACCUGGACUUGCUCCGGAAGACCGUGAAGGCCCUAGAGAGCAUCGCUGACCGCUCUCCAGCAGGUCGCAAGCUGCACGGUGCUUGUGCACAAUUUCUCAAGAUUGCAGAAAUGUUCUUGUCGCUCGACAGCGUGAAGCAGCCUGGCAGCCAGCCGAGCCCAAAGGCAGUCGUUACAGACAACGUGGAAUCCCAGAUGUUGCCUGAAUUUCCCGUAUCGCAACAGGACUGGGACGGCAUGCUCAACGACUUCGACCUCGGGCUCGGGGCGGAAAGUGCCCGCGAGAUGAUGACUUCCUACUUUGAGCCUUUCAUGAGUGGCAAUUACAACAACAUCAAUUACUGA